UGGCAAUGAGGUCCUUGUUGAGAAGGGGAAAUAGAUGACCUACUCAGUGUGCAGCUUCCACUGGGGUGUCCAUCACUAACACUAUACUGUGCUGAAGAUGUCUAACAGCAACACAACACAGGAGACACUGGAGAUAAUGAAAGAAUUGGAAAAGAAAGUGGUUGAGGAAUCUGUGAACAAAAACAAAUUUGUAUCCAGGUCACCAAGCAAAGAGGAAGUUGAGAAGGAUGGGGAGGAGAGUAGUACACGGCAAGAAUCACAGAGGCGGACCUCCAAUCAUGGGCAUGCUAGAAAAAGAGCCAAGUCAAAUUCAAAGCUGAAGCUAGUCAGGAGCCUGGCUGUAUGUGAAGAGUCUUCUAGCCCCUUUGUGGAUGGGACAUUGGAUACCCAGGAUAUCAUACAGUUGCACGUCAGCUGUCCCUCUGACAAGGAAGAUGACAAGUCUGCAAAAGAUGGCCCUGAAAAAGAAGAAAAAGAGAAAAAUAAGGAGAAGGCACCCAAGAAAAUGCUAUCUAGAGAUUCCAGCCAGGAAUACACAGACUCCACUGGAAUAGAUUUGCAUGAAUUUUUAGUGAGUACACUGAAGAAAAACCCAAGGGACAGAAUGAUGCUGCUAAAAUUGGAACAGGAGAUUCUGGAAUUUAUUAACGAUAACAACAAUCAAUUCAAGAAGUUUCCCCAAAUGACCUCAUACCACAGAAUGCUUCUACACCGGGUUGCUGCCUAUUUUGGCAUGGACCACAACGUAGACCAAACUGGGAAAGCCGUCAUUAUCAACAAGACCAGUAACACAAGAAUCCCUGAACAAAGGUUCUCUGACCACAUCAAAGAUGAGAAGAGCUCUGAGUUUCCGCAGAGGUUUAUCCUCAAACGAGAUGACGCCAGCAUUGAUCGAGAUGAUAAUCAGAUCAGAAUCCCACUGCAAGAUGGACGGAGGAGUAAAUCCAUAGAGGAGCGAGAGGAGGAGUAUCAAAGGGUUAGAGAACGCAUAUUUGCACGAGAGUCUGGCCAGAACGGAUUCCUGAACGACAGCAGACUCUCCAAAGAAGGCUUUUCUUCUAGCUCUCACAAAAGGCGGCAGAUCUUUAGGGGUAACCGGGAUGGGCUCAGCCGGGCCUCGGGCAGCCGCCAGAGCAGCACCGAGAGCGAUCUGAAGUCACUUGAGCCCAGGCCUUGGAGCAGCACAGACUCAGAUGGCUCUACCCGCAAUCUACGUCCUCCUGUCACCAAAGCUAGCAGCUUUAGCGGCAUUUCCAUUUUGACACGAGGAGACAGCAUCGGUGGCAUCGGCAAAGGAAGCAGUGCCAGCAGGACUAUCAGGCCAGGUCUGUCACUAAGUACCCCAGAAGCCUGCAGCCAAGUCUCCUCUGCUCAGCCUGGCCAAGGACUCUUGCCAUGCGCUGCUCAGCAGCAACAGCAACCACUUCCACCCACACCCCAGCAACAGCCAUCAAUGAGUAAUCACAUCAUAUCACAGCCAGUCCCAGCUCUGCAGCCCUCUCCACAGCCUGUUCAGUACUCUCCAAGCUCCUGCCCCCAAGUCCUCCUGCCAGUCUCUCCACCCCAGCAGUACAAUAUGGCUGAUGAGCUCAGCAACCAUUUUGGGCAGAUCAGCCUCAGCCGCCAGGGUUCCACAGAAGCACCAGAUCCGUCCUCAUCCAUGUUCCAGCCGCCAAUCAUGUCUCAGCAUCCUCAGCAGACGGGAUUCAUCAUGGCUUCUCCUGGGCAGCCAAUCACAGCCUCCACCUACUCUGCCUCGGGACACACAGCCCCAGCCCAGCAGGUUCUGCAGCCCCAGAGCUAUAUGCAGCCCCCGCAGCAAAUUCAGGUUUCUUACUACCCACCCGGGCAGUACCCAAACUCUAGCCAGCAAUACCGACCUCUCUCUCACCCGGUGGCCUACAGCCCCCAGCGCAGCCAACAGCUGCCUCAGCAGUCGCAGCAACCUGGUUUACAGCCAAUCAUGUCCAGCCAGCAGCAGACGUACCAAGGUAUGAUAGGAAUGCAACAAUCACAGGGCCAGAGCCUCCUCAGCAACCAGCGCAGCAACAUGGGUGGCCAGAUGCAAAGCAUGAUGGGUGUGCAGCAGUCUCAGAGCCAGAGCCUCCUUAGCAACCAGCGAGGAAAUAUGGGCAGUCAGAUGCAAGGCCUGAUGACCCAGUACACUUCACUGCCUUCAUAUCAACAGGUUCCAGUGGCUAAUGAGUCUCAGGGCGUGGUCCAACAGCCCUUUCAGCAGCCUGUGCUGAUGCCAGCAAACCAGUCUGUACAAGGAGGACUACAAGCAGGGGGGAUGCCAGUUUAUUACAGUGUUAUCCCGCCAGCCCAGCAGAAUGGCACCAGCCCUUCGGUUGGUUUCCUGCAGCCUCAUGGGGCAGAGCAGUAUCAGAUGCCGCAAUCUCCUUCGCCCUGCAGCCCACCACAGAUGCAGCAGCAGUAUUCAGGGGUGUCUCCCGCAGGACCUGGUGUUGUGGUUAUGCAGCUCAAUGUGCCCAAUGCCCCUCAGCCUCCCCAGAAUCCUUCAAUGGUGCAAUGGAACCACUGCAAGUACUACAGUUUGGACCAGCGAGGGCAGAAGCCUGGAGACAUCUACAACCCAGACACCAGCGCUCAGGCCAACAGCACCCAGCUGAACAGUCCCAUCACAUCCCCCACACAGUCACCUACACCUUCACCUGUCACUAGUCUCAACAGCGUUUGCACCGGACUCAGCCCCCUCCCAGUCCUUACACAGUUCCCCCGGCCUGUGGGCCCAGCACAAGGUGAUGGCCGCUAUUCCUUGCUGGGCCAGCCACUGCAAUACAAUCUCUCCAUCUGCCCCCCACCUCUGUUGCACAACCAGUCCAGCUAUACAGCACACCAGGGACAAACAGGGAUGAAGCAUGGCAAUCGAAGCAAGAAACAGGCUCUCAAGUCUGCAUCCACGGACCUCGGAACAAGUGAUGUAGUGUUGGGCCGCAUACUGGAAGUGACUGAUCUACCUGAGGGCAUCACGCGCACAGAGGCCGACAAGCUCUUCACUCAACUUGCCAUGUCUGGUGCCAAAAUCCAGUGGCUCAAAGAGACUCAGGGGCGUCCCAGAGGCGGAGGCGACAACAACCAUGGAACUACAGAGAACGGCAGGCAUUCUGACCUUGCUGCCUUAUACACCAUUGUGGCCGUCUUCCCCAGCCCUUUGGCAGCGCAGAAUGCCUCCCUGCGUCUCAACAACUCACUUAGCUGCUUCAAGUUGCGUAUGGCCAAAAAGAACUACGACCUGCGUGUGCUGGAGCGUGCCAGCUCCCAAUAGGGGCAGGCGGAGGGGGGGCGGGGAGGGGGCAACAAGCACACUGGACUGGCCUCUCAGGCCUCCUUGGCUGCCCUCUUCUGCCCUCCCCCACCACCCUCCUCCUUUUAUCCCACAUGCACCUCCUCCCCUUUUUAUUUUUGGUGGGGGAGGGGGGAAUCUUUCUGGAGAUAUUUAUAUGGACAGAAUGAAGAGAGAGACAUUGAUUUUUUUUGCUUUGUUUUGGGGGUUUCUGUUUUUUAUUAUUUUAUUUUUAUUUUUUUUGCGUGAAAGAACAUGUCCCACCCCUCAACCCCUCUCCGGAACACGUGUAUAUUGUUUUCGUUCAGCGUUGUGCCGCGGUACGGAGCCGUAUUUAAUUGCACAUACAGAUGUUGGCUGGGUAUGUUCACUGUACAUUUUAUUUAAUCUGGGUUUAUUAUUAAUAAUAUUAUUAUUUGGUUUUUAAAUAUAAAAAAAAAUCGUCUGUCACUUUAAA